AUGAGAAGGCUUUUUGCAUUACCACCUCGACUAGGCGGCCUUGGAAUUGUAGAUCCACAUUCGUUGACUUGUGAGCUGGAAUACUCAAAGUUAAUUUGUGCGCCACUGGUCAACCGAAUUGUGCAACAAGAAACAAACCUGGAUAACGUUCCUACCAAGCAGAAUUCUAUGAAAGCUAGCAUUCGCCAGCAAAAACAUCUAGCACAAAAGUCUCAUUCUGAAAUCACUGUCAAUGAUCUAUCUGUGGAAUUGAAACGUUCAGUUGAAUUGGCCUGUGAGAAGGGUGCCUCCUGCUGGCUGACCGCAAUCCCACUAGAGCAACACGGAUUCACUUUGCACAAAUCUGCGUUUCGGGAUGCCCUGUGCCUCAGAUACGGUUGGCACCCGUCCAACCUCCCAGACAUAUGUCCAUGUGGAUCUAAAUUCUCAGUAGAUCACUCUCUGUCAUGUCCAACAGGAGGAUACCCCAGCAUCCGCCAUAACGAGGUCCGCGAUUUAUUUACCAACUUGUUGACAGAGGUUUGCCACGAUGUACACAAAGAGCCCGUUCUGCAACCUCUCAACGGCGAGGUGUUUCAAAAACGCUGUACUACCUCUGACGAAAAUGCCAGACUUGAUAUUGCUGUCAGUGGAUUUUGGGGUGGGCACUUCCAACGAACUUUCUUUGACGUCAGGGUCUUCAACCCUAAUGCCUCAUCCUACAAAUCAGUGCAGAUCCCGUCAUUAUAUAAACGGCAGGAACAAGAGAAGAAAAGGCGAUACGAGGAACGAAUUAAUAACGUGGAGCUUUCAUCGUUCACGCCAAUCAUUUUAGCAUGCACUGGAGGAUGCAGUAAACUGACGUCUAUUUUCUUGAAAAGACUAGCCUCACUUUUAUCGGAAAAGCACCACACCGAGUACAGCACAACUAUCAACUGGCUGAGAUGUCGACUGUCAUUUGCACUCCUUCGGGCCUGCGUGAUGUGUUUGCGAGGAUGCAGGUCCAAGCUUCACAGAACCUCAAGGGACUUCAACGUUCUGCUGGAAGCAGCAGAAAGUAGAUUAUAGAAGACUGUUUAUCUCAAAGUUGUUACAACCUAGAAACUUGUUGCUAUAGAGGAAGCUUUUACAUACAGUAGUAGUAUUUUGAAAAAAGUAGUAGAGAUUUUAUUAUUAUUAGUAGUAGUAGU